GAUUAUUUCCUAAAAGAAAAAGCAUAUAGAUUACUUCGAAAUCCUUUUAUUUAUUUUCCCAAAAGGAAAAGGAAAAGGAAAAGAGGGCGUCUUGGGUUAAAUGUGAGAAAACGACGUCGUUACAGAAAGAAAUAAAUACAAUUCAAUUACGGAAAGCGUAAAGGUGAAGGACAAGAUGAAAUACCCAAGACGCCCUUCCAUUCUCUCGCUAUCUGUGGGUAAAUAGGUAAAAUCAAGCGUUUUGACCUGUUCUAUCGCUCUAGGAUCUCACCAUUAUCCUCUACAACACGUGUUUCGUCUCUGGCCGUCGGAUCAAACUCUCCUCUUCCUCCCUCUACCCUUAUACCUCAUCUCUAAGGCCUCGUUUCAAUUUCUCUACUCUUUCAGCCGCCGUCCCUCUGCCGAAAAGGGGUUUUUCCGGAGCCGAUUCUGAUUGAUUUCCCCUUUGCUGUUUCCAGUUUCCGUUUUCCCUGCUUUAGUGUGGUAUCGCAAGGGUUUUCUUUCCUGUCGGCGAUUCAGAUCUCUAUAAUAUAAAAAUUCCUAAUUGGCGGUGAUUCGAUGGAGAAUGAGCUGGUGGAAUUGUUUCAAGCGGCGAAGAAGGCUGCAGACGCCGCUGCAGCACCAUCAAAUGAUGGGGGAGCCGAAGAAAGUCGUUGCCUAGAUGCCCUAAGGCAGCUCAAGAAAUUUCCUGUUACUUAUCAAAUCCUUGUUUCCACUCAGGUUGGGAAGCGACUUCGGCACCUCACUAAACACCCCAAGAAGAAAAUACAGGAAUAUGCUUCUGACCUGGUUGAGAUGUGGAAGGAAAUAGUCAUCAAGGAGACUAACAAGAAUAAGAAAAAUGGAAAUGGCAACUGUAAAGAUUCACCUAAAAUUGGUUCUCCAAGCGCAGAGUCUGUUAAGGUGGAGAAAUUUCAGAAAUCAUCUUCCAUGAAGGUUGAGAGAGUCUCCAAGGUUGAGCAAUUUGAUAAGAAUGGUGCCACAGGCUCUGUAAAAUAUUCCAGAUUGGAAAGCGCAGUCUCAGAAAGAAACUCUGUCAAGGUUGAGAAAACUGAUUCAGCGGUCAAGGUUGAAGGGACAGUUAAAGAAGAGAGGAGAAUAUCAAUAGACAAGAAACCAUCAGGUGGAACUGCUGCACCUCCAAAACUUACUUCCAUGAUUAAAUCAAAAGAUGCUGCUCGAGACAAAAUAAGAGAACUUCUCUUUGAGGCUUUUUCCAAAGUUCCUGGUGAGGCUGAUGAAGAUGUUAUGGAUGAAGUAAAUGCAAGUGAUCCCAUCCGUGUUGCUGUUUCUGUAGAAUCUGUGAUGUUCGAAAACUGGGGAGGUUCUACUGGUGCACAGAAGGCUAAGUACAGAUCUAUAAUGUUUAACCUCAAGGAUCCAAAGAACCCAGACUUUCGAAGAAAAGUUCUUCUUGGACUUAUAAAACCAGAAAGGAUGAUCAAUAUGAGCACAGCCGAUAUGGCAAGCGAUCAGAGAAAACGUGAAAAUGAAGAGAUUGCGCAAAAAGCUUUAUUCGAUUGCGAACGUGGAGGAGCACCAAAAGCUACUACCGAUCAAUUCAAGUGUGGUCGAUGUGGUCAGCGUAAAACAACCUACUAUCAAUUACAGACGAGGAGUGCAGAUGAACCUAUGACCACCUUUGUAACUUGUGUAAACUGCAAUAACCAUUGGAAGUUCUGUUGAGUCUCUUUUGAGAUGCUGAAAAUGUUACUUGUUUGGAACAAUCUACUGAGCAGUUAGUGUCAUUUUGCCCUGACACUGGUUGCUGCAGGUCUGUAAUCGCGUUCCACAUUGUUACAUUUAGAACGUAGAGGAGGUUCUCAACUAUAGGAUUUCUAAAUGCCCAUUUAUUGAGAAAUUCAGUGUAUAAACUUGCUUUAUUUGUUAUUUCGUUUGGUAUUUUUCUGAGUUUCAUACUUA